CCUCCGCGUCACCUGAUGGCCCGAAUAUAAAAUAGUCAUGUGUACACAGGGCUUAGUCUCGAGUCUAGUUGAAUUAAAUAAACAUGGCGGUGCGAUUAGAACCUUUCAAAAAUAUUUAAUAACAAAUAGAUAUAACGAAAUAAGUUUUACAUUGAAUAUUUGAUUCGGUCGUAGAUAAAAUUAAUAUAGGAUACUAGCUAGGUGGCGACAAAAGCAAUGUCUCAGAACAUUUCAGAAUUUAAUAUGGAAGUUUCCUAUUAGCUUUAUGAAGUCUCUACUAUUUCUUAUUGCUUAUAACUGAGUUUGUGCUCUUUUAUUUUAUUUUCUUUUGAUUUGUUUAAACUGAUAUCUAUACAUAUAAGACAUUUGAAAUAACACACACACACAAGCACACGCACACAGAGAGAGAGAGAGAGAGAGAGGGACAUAUAUAUUUAUAUAAUAGAUAAAAAAAUAUGGCGCAAAGAUUUCCUGUCCCAAAUACAGGAAACAAUGGUCCUCCACCACAACGAUAUCCUCCUUCGUCUGUACCACCAAAUUUGCGCCAAUAUUCAGGACCAAAUUUUCCAAUGCAACAAAGAUCUGGAUUUACACCUCCACCACAAAUGAGCAAUGCUGCGCCAGGACCAGGAGGAAUAAUGAGACCUAAUCAGCCGUAUACGAAUAUGCGUCAAGGUCCAAUGCCAACGCCUCCUGUUGGUAAAAGGAGUGCUGAUCAAAGAAUACCUUUGUCACAGCAAAAACCGUAUUUUUGGAACAGUGACUUUUCACAUUCCACAUCCAAGAAGAAAAAGAAACUUGCUGACAAGAUAUUACCUCAAAAAGUACGAGAUUUGGUGCCAGAAUCCCAGGCUUAUAUGGAUUUGCUUGCGUUUGAAAGGAAGUUAGAUGCAACUAUAAUGCGUAAACGUCUUGACAUACAAGAAGCCUUGAAACGUCCAAUGAAACAGAAACGAAAGUUACGUAUUUUUAUUUCCAAUACAUUUUAUCCAGCCAAAGAAGCAGCAGAGGGAGAGGAGGGCUCGGUUGCUUCUUGGGAAUUAAGAGUUGAAGGCAGAUUAUUGGAUGAUACUAAAAAUGAUCCUAACAAGGUGAAAAGAAAAUUUUCAUCCUUUUUUAAAAGUCUAGUUAUUGAAUUAGACAAAGAUUUGUAUGGACCAGAUAAUCACUUAGUUGAAUGGCAUCGUACAUUAACUACACAAGAAACUGAUGGAUUUCAAGUAAAAAGACCAGGAGACAAAAAUGUUCGUUGUACCAUUCUUCUACUUCUUGAUUAUCAGCCUUUGCAGUUCAAAUUAGAUUCACGACUUGCACGAUUAUUAGGUGUACAUACACAAACUCGACCUGUUAUUAUUUCAGCACUUUGGCAGUAUAUAAAAACUCAUAAACUUCAAGACAGUCAUGAACGUGAAUUUAUAAAUUGUGACAAAUAUUUGGAACAAAUCUUUGCCUGUCCCAGAAUGAAAUUUGCUGAAAUACCGCAAAGAUUAAAUCCAUUAUUGCAUCCACCCGAUCCCAUUGUGAUUAAUCAUGUCAUUAGCGUAGAGGGCACGGAAACAAAACAAACUGCAUGUUAUGAUAUAGAAGUAGAGGUCGAUGAUACAUUGAAAACGCAAAUGAAUAAUUUUCUAUUAUCAACUGCAAGUCAACAGGAAAUACAAAGUUUAGACAACAAGAUACACGAAACCGUUGAAACAAUUAAUCAAUUAAAAACGAAUCGUGAAUUUUUCUUAAGCUUUGCAAAAGAUCCUCAACAAUUUAUUAACAAAUGGAUUAUAUCACAAACAAGAGACUUAAAAACAAUGACGGAUGUCGUUGGAAACCCAGAGGAAGAACGCAGAGCUGAAUUUUAUUAUCAACCUUGGGCACAAGAAGCUGUCUGCCGUUACUUUUAUACUAAAGUCCAACAAAAACGAGCUGAGUUAGAACAAGCUCUUGGCAUACGAAAUUCAUAAAGUUAUUAAAAAAUUGUCUAUUAAUGUGCGAUGAAAUGUUGUAUAAAAUAUUUUCUCCAUGAUAUUUUGUUGCAGUGAUUAUAAUAUUUGAGUUUUUGUAAUAUUAUAUGUAAACUACAAA